AUGCCAAACUCGUUUCGGGACGCUGAGAAUGAGGAGAUAUCCCUAACAUUCAAGCGGGCAAGGCUCGUGUCAGUUGUUUGUGUCCUUUUACCUUAUGCUAAUGCUCCCGGCGCAGACUUCGAUUACGGCAACCAGUACACAUCUACCACCUCGUAUGGCGCCCAAGGUGGGAUGGGCGGAGGGGGUUUCACGGGAGGUGAAGGAGGCAGUCAAUCAGACACCAAAGGAGGAGCCUAUGGUAAAACUUCACUCCGGCCGGUGACAAUAAAGCAGACCCAGGAUGCCAGUCAAGCACACGGAGACGCAGAUUUCAAAAUAUCUGGCACAGAUGUGUCUCAGAUUGUCUUCGUUGGCCAGGUCCGCGCCAUCAGCCACCUCACAACAUUUGUCACAUACAAAUUAGACGACGGCACCGGAGAAACCGAAGUUAAAUUAUGGCUCGAAAAGAACGCUGUGAAUCCCACGGGAGAUGAUAUGGAAACGAGAGAUGCUGCACACCCAUCGGAAUCGGAAAUUCAGGUCAAUGGAUAUGCCAAAGUUUGGGGCAAGCUUAACAAUUUCAACAAUCGGCGCAAUUUCGUCGCACAUGUUAUCCGGCCCAUAACGAAUAUGAAUGAAUAUCAUUGUCAUUUCCUCGAAUCUACAGCUAUACAUCUUUAUUAUACGCGGGGUCCACCGGGAGGACAGCAAGGGGACAAACCAGUGGCUGGAACAGCGCCUGCUGUUGGUGGAGGCGGGGGUUCAACUUUCGCCGGAAGGGUAUUGCCUCCACUGUCACCAUUGGCGCGGAAGGUGUACGAGACUUUGAGUGACACUCCACAGAGCAAUGAGGGCCUCCAUGUACAAAAUCUGGCGGCGCUAAUGGGGUUAUCUGCUGGGGAAGUGUUUAAGGGAGGUGAAGAGCUUUUGAGCAACGGAUUGAUAUUCCCGACUGUAGAUGACAACACCUGGGCAAUUCUAGAGUAUUGA